AUGGUGCUCGUAGUGUUUACUUAUCUUUUGGUGCCGUUUCCAAUUGUGUAUACAACAAAAUGGCCUAUUUUUGCGCACUGCAUUGCCCAGCUUACAUUAUCAUAUGUUUUUGGCAUCAUUUGUGCAAUGCUUGCGGAAUUACCUGCGUUGAACUUAGAAAAGAUUAUUCUUGAGAAUCGUUGCAAGCACAGUACUCCACAACUAGUCGCUAAAGAUUAUGGAUUACAGCAACUUAAAAGCAGCGAUUCGAGAUGA